GCCAGCCAGCCGGCGGAGGUGAUCCCCAAGUUUAAAAAGCGCAGAAGUCCUCGGUGCGCCGGAGCGAGCGAGCAGAGCCAGGGUCCCCCCGAUGUCAGACGCAGCGACGAAAAUAGCAUUUUCCUGAAAGGACGCGUCCGCAUCAGCCAAGAUCUCAUUUGAGUUUUAACAAUUUGACGCAUCUCUUUUGGAUUUUUUUUUCCAUUUUGGACGCGACUUUUAAAAAAAAAAAAAAAAAUUAUAAUCCCUCCCUUUUGAAGUAGUUACAGGCUCUUUUCUCUUUUUUUUUUGCUUCUGUCAUUUGUAAUUAUUGUUGUCUGUUCGCGGCGAGAGAGGAUCCCGAGCAACAGCUGUGGACUACAUCUAAACUCCGCUCCAUGGAUACAGCUGUACUCCCAGUCUGAUCUCCGACGGUUCUCUCUGCGCACCACGAAGAUGAAAUCCGCCGAGGAGGAGGCAUAUGGCUACUUGCCAGACGUCAGUCUGUCCCUCCCACUGGGCAACCCGUGUCUUCCCUCCCAGUACCACAGCCUCCAGUCUAGCCCCACCAUAUCCGUAUCCGUCUCCGUCACCGAGCCUCACGGUUAUGACGCCCAGGACGACAUGAGAGCGGCCGGCUACUAUUCAUCCCCCCGCCCGAACGGGGCCCCGACCCUGGAGAGCCCUCGCAUCGAGAUCACCGCCUACGGUCAGUUUACUGAGGACGAGGUGGAGGAGAGCAACCUCCCCGUCGCCAAGCGGGUCAACUCCAUAGUGACGCUGACGCUCCCCUGCGCCGACAGCUACCGCGACCCCAGCUGCCUGAGCCCGGCGAGCAGCAUCUCGUCUCGCAGCUGCCACUCCGACGCCUCCUCUUACGAAUCGAGCUUCUCCUACAACUACGACAACUCGCCCCAGAACUCCCCCUGGCAGUCGCCCUCCGUGUCGCCCAAGGGCUCCACCCUCACCCUGCCGGGCGACAGCUGCACCUCCGGCGGCUCCCCCCGGCACUCCCCCUCCACCUCCCCGCGUACGAGCGUGACAGACGACAGCUGGAUGGGCCAGCGUGGCUCCAGGCCCAACUCCCCGUGCGGCGCAAAGAGGAAGUACAGCUUUAACGGCAGCAGGGCAUCGCACAAGCAUUACCCGUACUCGCCCAACAUCUCCCCCGGGCUGUCCCCACAGACCUCCCCUCGCCUCAGUAUCACAGAGGAGACCUGGCUGCCGAACACCAACCAGUACACCAACUCGGCCAUUCUGGCGGCCAUCAACGCCCUGACCACAGAGGUUGACCUCGCGGAGGCAAUCCCCAUCAAAGCCCGUAAAACCAGCUUGGAGCACAGCCCCACAGUCAGCCUGAAGGUGGAGCCGGGAGGCGAGGACCUGAGUCCAGGGGAGCUCUGUCAGGACGAGCACCCCUCCAAACGCCUGCCAUUAAAGAAGGAGGUCUACUGUGGCGGGUUCCUGGAUGUGCCACAGCACCCUUACUCCUGGUCCAAGCCAAAGCAGUAUGUCAGCUCAUCCCUGCCCGCUCUCGAUUGGCAGCUGCCGUCCAGCUCGGGGCCGUAUAGCCUGCAGAUCGACGUGCAGCCCAAGUCCCACCACCGAGCCCACUACGAGACGGAGGGCAGCAGGGGAGCGGUGAAGGCCCUGGCGGGAGGACACCCGGUUGUUCAGCUCCACGGCUACAUGGAGAGCGAGCCUCUGACCCUGCAGCUGUUCAUCGGCACGGCUGACGACAGGCUGCUGAGGCCCCACGCCUUCUACCAGGUCCACCGCAUCACCGGGAAGACGGUGUCCACCCCGAGCCACGAGGUCCUGCACAACAACAACACCAAGAUCCUGGAGAUCCCACUGCUGCCCGAGAACAACAUGCGGGCCAUAAUCGACUGUGCGGGGAUCUUGAAGCUGCGCAACUCGGACAUCGAGCUGAGGAAGGGGGAGACGGACAUCGGGCGCAAGAACACGCGCGUGAGGAUGGUUUUCAGAGUUCACAUCAACCAGGCCACGGGGAGAACGGCGUCCUUGCAGGUCUCGUCCAACCCCAUUGAGUGCUCCCAGAGAUCGGCCCAGGAGCUGCCGCUGGUGGACAAGCGGAGCUUGGAGACGUGUCCUGCCCACGGGGGGGAGAGGAUGCUCAUCGACGGACACAACUUCCAGCACGACUCCAAGGUGGUGUUCGUGGAAAAGGCUCAAGAUGGUCACCACCUCUGGGAGACUGAGGCUAAGGUCGACCGGGACGCCUCAAAGCCUAAUUCACUGCUCGUUGAAAUCCCUCCCUAUCGGAGCCAGAGACUCUCCACUCCGGUUCACGUGAACUUCUACGUCUGCAAUGGCAAGAGGAAAAGAAGCCAGUCCCAGCGCUUCACCUACGUCCCUGCCAGUGCCCCGACGAUAAAGACGGAGCCACGCGACGACUUCGACGCCCCUCUGGUGUGCAGCCAGCGCGGCCUCUCCUUGCACCCAAAGCCAUACUUCCCCCCUCAGGUCUUGACCCCGAUUACGACCUCUGACCUCAGGCCGUGCGUGGUGGGCGGGCCUUACAAGCCCUCCCCACUGCCCGCCUCGUCCUCUCCGAGCACCAGCCCCAAACUGCACGACCUGUCGCCGCCGCCCUUCUCCAAGUCCCUCUCCGCCGGCCCGCAAGGCCAACACCGGGGCCAGCAGUCCCCGAUCUCUCACGUCUCCAUCAUCCAGGAGACGCCCGGGCGCUACCAGCCACUCGGCUUCUACCCACCCAGCAGCUCCUCCUCCUCCUCCUCCCCCCCGACCUCGCAGCCCUCCACGCCGACGGACGGCCCUUUCUCUCCGGCCGUCUGCGUGACGCCAGCCCAGCCGGGCAGUGGCAGCGCCAGCCCAGGAGCCGAGGAGCACGCCAAGGUGCCACCGAGGGGGCGGGGUUCCCUUCAGGAGGACGGCAGCCUGCCGGCGCUGGCUGUCAGCAUUAAGCAAGAGCCGCAGGAGCUGGACCAGAUGUACCUUGAUGAUGAUGCACAGGAGGUCAAAGCCAGAUCAAAUAGAGGAGAGGAGGUCAGUCAGUUCAGUCUGGGCCGGGAAGAGCACACAUGGCAGCGGAACGACACGCUGUAGGAGGGUGGAGAUGAGUCAAUGAGAUCAUCAGGAACGACCUGUCGAGCAUCUCCGUCCACAGCCAUGCGUAGUUUGCCGUCCGCGACAAAACUGACACCCCCCCCCCAAAAAAAGGAAACCCCAAACAAAAGAUUCAAUGUUGUGCUUUUCAUGCUUGGACUACAGCGUGCAGGAAGCAGCAAGACAGGAAACGCCGAGAACAAAUGUAAAUGUGUUGUCCAGGUGACCCGGAUGCCUUGUUUCUACAUGCAUAUGAUGCCUUCACACAGGAAUAAAUCACAUGACUGACUUCAGCUACCAUACCUGCCACCCCCAGCCUCAACAAAGAUCUAUGCUUUUAGAGGACCAAAGUCUGUUUUUAUGUAUUUUUUUUGCUGCAUUUUGUAAAUGAUUCAGUGCCUUUUGAGUUAUGUAAUUUGUAUAUACGCCGUCUGUAGUGCUUCAGUUUGCAUAUCUGGCUUUACAGAGAGACAAAGAAGUGCCUUUUCGACUGGAAACUGAAAAACGUGUUCGACUCCAAAAGAUUUUCUACAGCGAGAUAAUGUACCCUUUGCUUAAUAGUGGCAACAAAUGGUAAUUAUGGAAUAAUAUUAAUGUUAAAAGACAGUAGCACAAUUGGAGAAUUGUGAUUAGCCACCAAAAGCUGCUGGUCAUAGCAGACCCAGUGAGGCUGUAGCAACAAAACCAAUGAGUGUAUUAGAUUGAUCAAUGGUGUGUUUCAUCUCUCAAGAGUUCAACUUUUCAUUUGUAAAAGGAAGAAUGUGUCAUUUAUUUAGUUGCAAAGUUGCAUAGUCUCACUGUAUCUGCAACCAACAAUAAGCACUUAACCACUAAACUUGUGGUAUCACUUGUAGUUUGUUCCAUGUAGGCGCCACGUUGCUGUCACCUAAGGUCACAACAACAAGAGCAACACUUUUCAGGGGAUUCAAAGUUACCCAAAUCUCAUGUUGAUUUAUUGUGUCGUUAAGCACUCGUACAGCAGGUGAGAAAAAACAUUGCCUGUUGUUGCAUUACUCAGUUCAGCCACAAGAGGCCGUAGGGCUCCACUGCACCAUGUUCUCAACGGGACUAAGAGCAUUUAUGUCUUCGUCCAGGGGAGUUUGAAUUUCUUCAUGUGCUCUAAACACAGGUACAUAUUCAUAGUGUUAGCAAGUUAUGUAAAUUAACACUCCUGUGGAGGAAGACAUGAUUUGUUUGGGGCUAUUUAGAGCACGGGUAGUGGUGCGCUUUAGCCUGUGGCCGUAAUGAGUAUUACAACAACAACGCUUGAUGUCAGGUCGAUGAUCCUGUGGGAAAAAAAAUAUAUAUAUUUUUUUUUUUUUUUCUCCACCUGUUUCACAGAUGAAAAAAGGUCCCACCUGCACAGGAGAGAAAAGAGUUUAGAUCUUCUUUUUUUUAAAUGGAUCACUAGAUUUUCAUUCUCAUGUUUAAUGUAAAAAAACAACAACUGUGUAGUCACAGAAUAAUGAGACAUCUUGAGUCCUUUAUGCAUACUGACUCUAAAAUACCAUGAACUUUGGAGUAAACGGCUGGCUACAGUCGUGCUGGUCAAAGAAUGUAAGUGAGAGGGCCUCUAACCCGAUGAAUAUUUAAUAACAGUGAACAGCAAUACAAAUAUAUAAAUUCUUUAAUGUUUGUUUUUUGUAUUUUCAUAGUUAUUCUCUUCGCAUGUGCUCCGUUUAUCCACGUUCAUCAUACAGCCUCUUUCCCAUGGUUCCCUACAGACUGUGGUUUAUCUACUCAUAGUAAAACUGACCGGGCUCACACACUCUGGCUCCCAGGUUUUAUAUGUAUUUAUGAGUCUUAAUCCUUGUAACUGAAGCCAUACUGGAAUGUUUACCGCGGAGGUGUGUUGUUGUUGGUGAACAACUCAUAACUCUGCUUUGAUCUAUUUUUGUG